UUGUAUAUUUGUAGCACAAUAAUAUCUCGUUCUUCAAACUUUAUAAGGAGUUGUUGUCAAUCACAGUUUCUAUAGCCUAUUAUAAAUAUUCAUCCUUGACUAAGUUUCUAAUUUUGAAAGAUGUUUUGUUUAGUAGAAACUUUAGAUUUUUCUCUAAAUAUAAGUGUCAUUAGCAUUAGGUCAUCUUAUAAACACUACAAUGUAUAUUGAUAAAACUAUUUUGCUUUGCUUUUUACAUGGCUUGAUUGUGUUGCACAUUUAUUUCUUAUGUGUGCAGUUUAAAUGAUAAUAAUUGGAAUACUUUUUGAUUUUCCAUAGCCUGAUUUUGCUUGGUAACUACCUCUCAUCACUUGCAUUAUUCUCAGUAAUUUCUACUCUAAUUUCUUGUAAAACUAUUCUAAUCUAGUAUCUUGACAGUUUAACUUCUUCUACCAUGGUUUCUGAGUUACAUGUAUUGAGGUGCAUUAAUACAUAAUCUGUUUUCCCUAGUUUCAAGACAUUUUCAAACUAUUCCUGUUAUUGUCAAUUCUUUUACUCUGGUUUAUUGACUUAAUGUAUACCACAGGCUUAUUCUUAUGAUUUGAUAACUUAUACCAUUAUGUAAUCUUUUUUGUGUAUCUUUAAAUUUGUUUUUGCCAAACCUUGGUAACUUUUCUGAUGUCGGCACACAUAAGUUACUUGUAUGCUACAGUUUGUUUGUCUUCAAGUAUUGCUAUGUUGAAAGUGUUUAACAAACUUUUUCUACCUCUUCUGUUGGUUUCUCAGACAAUGUUCUGGGCUUCUGCUGUAAAAUGACUCAGCACUGAACUCAAGAUGUGUAAGAAGUAGCAAAAGUUUGUGAAUUACGAUGCCAAUGUGUUGUUUUGAUCCACCAUGUAACAAGAAAGUAUUGAUGUGAUUUACUCUGGGUUUUAGGGAUCUUGUCAGUGACUCGGGCAUCCUACCCAAGUCACCUGACAAAGAAUGACAGCAGCAUUUCUGAGCUUCGUUAUCAGGUGGCUACAUUAAGGAGGCUAGGGGGGAGCGACUGGCUUCGUCUCUACAACCAAUUUAUAAAGGAGCAGGUGAGGUUUGAAUGUUGUAGUAUUGUGGCAUUCAGUUUAACCUUUACCAUAUCAGAAGGAACAAAGUGUAGCAGUGUGGAAUCUACCUCACAUGGAAAUCACUUAGCAAAUGUUAUAUUCAUCUAAUUCAAAACCUUCUGGUUCUUUGACUACAACCAUUGAUCAGAAACAGACAGAUUUCUCAACUUGUGCAUGCUUACCAGAGAUGUUGAACACGAGUAGACAAACUCCCAGCCCUGUCAUGAACUCCAAAGACUCCAGUGUUGGUGAGAUGAUGCUCCCAGAACUUGUGACUUGUCUAGACACUAGAAACUCAAGCUUUAAAGACUAUUUAGUGGAGUUACUUCAGGGUGUACAGGAAGGACAGCAUGAAUCCAAUAACAGAUGCAAUGAAUUGAAAGGUGUUUGUCAGUUAGAUCAAGUAUUGUGGUCAACGUGGGUAGUUGCUCUUCCCAUAAGCUUCCAUGGACCAAUAACAAGACAAGAAGUCCCAUUGUGUGUGGUUCUAACUCCUAAUGUGAUAACUUUGUGGAAACUACAGUCUUAUGGCCACUCUUUUCUACCUCAUCUGAUCUUCUAUCGGUGUUGGCUGCCCUCUUCUCUGAUUAAUAUUCUUGUUGGACCUGUCAGCAGCUACUUGGAAUUCCAGAUUCAAAGCUCGGGUCAAACUGACCUCUUUGUUUUAGCUCCAUGCAGUGCAGAUGAUACAAAGAAACUAAUAGAUCACUUGAUUUUGGCGUACAAUUUGGAUAUUAAGCUCAAGUAUAGUGAAUGUGAUUUUACAUCAUUACUUAUUUCUGGAGGGUACAACUUCCCAUCAUCAGAGGUGUUUUCUCAUAAUCCUAAAAUUCUUUUUUGUGAAAGAGUUCUAACAAACAGCCUAAUAGAACAGGAAGCCCAUCUCCAGAAUUACUUCCACUUUCUCUUAGUAACAAAUUUCCAUUUAAUUUUGACAUGUGAAAAAAUGGAGAUUCACUCGUUUCCUCGUCCAGAAGGUCUACCCUCACCUUUGAUUGUGCUAAAAACAAUUGAUGUUAAGUCCAAUAUUGUUAAUUUUGAAAUGGGAAAGGAACCAGCUAAUUUGCAGAAUAGUAGUGCUGAAGCCGAAUCUCCAACGAUAUGUUAUGAUGAAGAUAAAUUUCCACAACUUCGUACUUAUGGGUAUUGGUUAAAAGUGUACUUUGAAAAUAGAUUGUCUUUGUGUGUGAGAUUUUUGAAGAAAGACGUGAGGACUCUGUUCUUGGAAGCUUUGACGAAAGCCAGAAAUGCUAUACAACAUUAAAUGAAGAUUUUCCUUGAUUUUUGCAACUAUUAAAAACAAAAGUAUUAAUUCAUAAAUUUUAUUUAACUUGUACAUAGAAAAGUUUUUGUACAGUUUACGUUAUGAAUAUAAGGACACGCGUUAUUUAUAUUUUAACAUUUCCUGUUUAAAGCUUUUUCUUUAUAAAUUAAUGUACUUUUGUAAUAAGUUGUUUUAUUAUGUGCUUUUCAGUGACUUUAACUUAAUCUGUUUAAAUAGUUGUUACUUUUAUAAUGGUCCAAAAAUGACAAUAUUUACUUACAGCUUUUCCAUCAAAUAUGAAAAUAAAAAGUAGAUAAUGUUUAAACAUUAAA